GGCGGCGGCGGCAUCUCGGCUGUACAGUGAGUGGUUCUCGACUUACGUCUCUGUUACCUGGACGGCCGGCUGGAAGAAGCAGUGCAGCCGUGUAGCUUAGUAGAAAGCACUGCAGCAGGAGCAGGAGCGGCCGGGAGGGCGCAACGUGGGCAGUAGCGGUGGGACUGUGUUAGUGUGGGACUGUGUUAGUGUGGGUGGACAGGCACUGGGAGAGGUGAGCGCUGUCCUUGCCAUUCUGCUUGGGAGGAAAGUGAUGAAAUGGAUUGAGACAAGGCGGCUGCAUCCGAUUGUGAGCUCUGGGGGUCUGUCGUGUUACCGAGCGAUCGCUCUGUGCUGUAUGUAGCGUCCCUGGCGCUCUCCUUCCAUCUGUUGCUCCGGAGCCGACUGCAGUCACUGGGUAACUUGGCUGAACCCGGGACAGCUGGACAGGGAGGGAUCUCGGCUGCUGACUGCUGGGGGUUACUCUCGUCAGUCUGACCCGCUGUCUCCCCGGGAUUCCUGAAGCGGAGGGGAUCCGGCUGCCCGUGCAGGUGAAGCGCAGAGCCAGAGUAUGGAGAGGCGGUGAGAAAGCAAUGGUCUACCCCGGGCCCCCUGGCCUCAUCGCGGGGCUCCUCCUGGCCGCCCUGUCCCUCAGCUGUGUAGAUGGAGCUAAGGCACUGGGAUUUGUGGGUCAUGGAUACAACCUGACUGUGUCUCAGGGACACGAAGCCAAGCUGAACUGCAGUUUGCAAGGCAUAGAGGAGCCUGAGAUCCAGUGGCUCAAGGAUGGCGUUCCUGUGCAGAGUGCUGAUCAGAUGUAUAUUCCAGUAGAUGAAGAUCACUGGAUCAGCUUCCUUAGCUUAAAAAAUGUGGAGCGCCCGGAUGCUGGAAAAUACUGGUGUGAGGCAGAGCACAGUGGGAGAAAGUCUGUAUCAGAUGCCAUCUGGAUUAUGGUGGAAGGUGUACCAUACUUUACUCUGGAGCCAAAAGAUCUGUCUGUGACUCCGAACUCUCCAUUUAACAUGACUUGUGCAGCAGUCGGACCCCCUGAGCCGCUAGUCAUUAUUUGGUGGGUGGGAGAUUCCCCUCUGGGAAAAUCGGAAAGUUCUCCAUCUGUCUUGCAAAUGUCAGGGAUCCAUGAAAGAACUGCAUUCUCAUGUGAAGCUCACAAUGCAAAAGGAGUUUCUUCCUCUAGAACAGCCAUUGUUGAAGUUAAAGGGCUGCCUUACCCACCAUUCAAUGUAACAAUAAGCAAAGUGACCGGCAGUACUGCAACCGUGACAUGGUUUCCAGGAUUUAAUAGCUUCUCCCUGAUCAAGUCAUGCACAAUACAGGUUCAGUCAUUGCACGGUAACCGGGAAAUGUAUUCGCGGCUCAUCUCGGCCCCUCCUUUUGCUGUUUUGUUAGACGAGCUCCAGCCACUGACAAAUCACAGCGUCCGUGUGCAAUGCACGAAUGAAAUGGGGGCUUCUCCCUUCACUGAGUGGCGAACAUUUCAUACAAAGGAGACAGUACCACAGCUUCUUCCACAGAAUGUCCAUAUGACCAAGACAGAAACCAGCCUGCUCUUAGACUGGGAAGAGGUAGAGCCAGAUAGAGAAGGAUACAACAUUCUUGGUUUCAAAGUGCAGUGGGAACAAGAAAACGCCACACAAGGUGAAUUGUUUGUACAGGAGAACCAAGCCAAUCUUACCAAGUGGAACCCGGAGAAAGAUCUGACAAUAAGGAUUUGCAUAGCCAAUGCUGCUGGCUGUGGACCUUGGAGUGAGUUUCUCCUGGCAGGCUCAAAGGAAGAAGCUGGCAAACAAAGGCAUCCUCAUACCAGAAUGUCCUGGGUUCCCAUGGUUUUGGGAAUCCUUACAGCCUUAGUCACAGUAGUCGCAAUGACCCUAAUAUUCCUGAGGAAGGGAAGGAAAGAGACGCGCUUUGGGAAUAUGCUGGGCUCAAUGCUAGGAAGAGGAGGGCCGGUAAUUCAGUUUACGGCUGCCAGAUCUUUUAACAGGAGGGGACCUGAGAUGAUGGAAGCCACGUUGGACAGUAUUGGGAUUAGUGAAGAACUGAAAUCCAAACUUAAAGAUGUACUCAUACAACAGCAGCAGUUCACUCUAGGACGGACACUAGGAAAAGGUGAAUUUGGUUCUGUCAGGGAAGCCCAGCUAAAGAUGGAAGAUGACACCAUGCAGAAGGUGGCAGUAAAGAUGCUAAAGGCGGAGAUUUUCUGCUCCAGCGAUAUUGAAGAAUUCUUGAGAGAAGCUGCUUUUAUGAAAGAGUUUGACCACCCAAACGUCUGCAAAUUAAUAGGUGUAAGUUUAAGAAGUCGCACAAAAGGAAGGCUUCCUGUCCCAAUGGUCAUCCUGCCAUUUAUGAAACAUGGAGACUUGCACACUUUCCUGCUAAUGUCCCGUAUUGGGGAAGAACCUAUUACGCUGCCUGUACAAACCUUAGUCAGGUUCAUGAUUGACAUCUGCAGUGGGAUGGAAUACCUUAGCUCUAAGAACUUCAUCCACAGGGACCUUGCCACCCGCAACUGCAUGUUGAAUGAAGACAUGACAGUGUGUGUGGCAGACUUUGGUCUCUCCAAAAAAAUCUACAGUGGCGACUACUACCGCCAAGGCUGUGCUUCCAAACUUCCUGUAAAGUGGCUGGCAUUGGAGAGCCUUGCGGACAAUGUUUACACUGUGCACAGUGAUGUGUGGGCAUUUGGUGUGACACUGUGGGAGAUAGCGACUCUGGGACAGACUCCCUACGCUGGUGUGGAGAAUUCUGAAAUCUACAGCUACCUCAUUGCUGGGAACAGACUGAAGCAGCCGCUGGACUGCCUAGACGAGCUAUAUGAGAUGAUGUGCCAGUGCUGGAUCACUGAGCCAAAGAGACGGCCCAGCUUUGUGGACCUAAAGCAGCGUUUAGAAGCUAUUUGGGGGAGGCUGUCAAUCCUAUCUGCCAGUCAGGACCAAUUGUAUGUGAACCUUGGGGAGACUUGUGGUGCAGCUGCAGCUGUUUCCGGACUGCACUCUGCAUUUUGCAGCGAGGAGGAUUAUUGUGCAGGCCCUUCACAGACAUGUGGUACAUCUGCAAUCACCAGCGAUUAUCGCUAUAUUGUGAACCCAGGGUGCCUUAGAGAAGGGAAUGAGUGGUCUUCUAGUGCCCAAAAUGGGGAAGCACGUGGGCUUCUGCAUGAAGAAGAGGAGGAAGAAGAAGAAGAAAUGCAGGAAGAACAAGUUGUCAUUACCCUUUAGCAGACACCUCUCAUAUAUAGCAUUGUACUUAGAUUGUGAUACCUUUUAUGGGCUACUAAUCAAACAGAGUAGGCUUGGAUUUGGUUCCAGAAUUCACAUCUGUGCCUCGUGCCUCCUGGCCUCUUAUUCCCUCCAGAUCGGCACACUCUUUACAUAUGGAAUGAAAAGGGAUAAUAUACAAUCUGAUUACUCAGAUUGGCUCAAACAACAUAUUCAAUAGAACUUUCUUUCCCAUCAUAUUGUACCCAUUCUGUACCUCACCAACAAAGUCAUUUGAAAUGAUACCUAGACUUGAAUAUCUCUGUACAGGUAUUGAAUCUGUUAUGAGGAGAGCUAGGGACUUGGGGUUUGCCAUCACAAUUGAUUCAUGCUAGCUUAAUAAACAAGGUACAGGUAUGGAAUCCAUUAUCUACAAACCUGUGAACUUUGAACUACAGGAAGGCUAUGUCCAUUUUUCUAAAAAAAAAUGAUUUUAUUUUUUAUCUGUAAUAAUAAGCAGUACCUUGUACUUCACCCCAACUAAGAUAUAAGUAAUCCUUAUUGAAGGCAAAACAAUAUUGGG